AUGGAAGAAAUCAAAGCUUGCAUUUCGAGUCCUUAGGCAUUUUAGCUAAAUAUAAACACAGUAGUGGAUAAAUUGAAAAAAGAGAAUGAUCUUGCUCCUAAUUUCAUUCAAUUUGCUGAUGAGAUAUUUUAAAGUAAUGAGAAGCUAUUAAAGAAGUAUCUGGUCUUGAUGAUAAUUAGAGAGGCAGUUUACACAAGUCCAGUUGGAUCUGUAACAAAUAAAUUAGCUAGCAAUAACUCAAUUUUGAAUUAUUUAUAAGAAAUUGUUAUGUUUCAGCCAGGUUCUGAAGAUGAAUUUAAAGGCAUCUAUAAAUUCGAAAAUGAUACUCCAUAGAUUGCUAUAAAAUAUUUCAAUUUGAUAUUAGAACUAAUCAAGUUUUUGGCUGAAAAGUACCCUGUCUCUUAAACCAACAAACCCACUAAGUUCAAAAUCAUGUAUGACAGAUUGGUUCAAUAAGAUAUUGUCUUUCCUAAGCAAAUUAGAGAAUUAACUGCAGAUAUCAAUGAAAUAGAGGAUGCUGUUGAAGACAACCAACCAGUCAAAAGAUAUCAAGCACAAUAAAUGGAACAAAAUCAGGAAAAUGGCAUACAUCAAUUGGAGGAAUUGCAAAUUGAAAUGAAUGAUUAAAUUGACACAAUUUGGGAUAUGCUUAAUGAUUAGAACUGCAAUCCAGAAGGGGCAAAAGACAUGUUAUAGUUUUAUUGUGAUACUUUUAAAGAGAGUGAUGCUAAAUUGCAAUAAUUGGAAUAUGAAUUAUCCGACAAACUCAGUUAACAACAGAAGGAUUAGAUUGAGUUGUUGUGUAAUUUCAUAAAGAUAUUCAAUUUAAAGUUUAAUCAUUUUGAAAGAAACAAAACUAAGAAUGGAUUCUUGGAGUUUCAACAUGCAGUUUUAACAGAGGCCAGCAAAAUUACUAAAAAGAACUAUACUCCAUCCGAUGCUUAUUAAAAAUCUAAAAUUUAGCCUCUUUCUCCCAUUAGAUAAGUAGGUUAAGAUGAAACACAAGAUGCUUCAAGAUUUAAUGAAAUUACAAAUACUUAAAUUGAGAAGAAGGAGAAAAUUGUUUAGUAAAGUAAUUAUCAAAGAGAGUUAGAAUAAUAAUAAUAACAACAAUAACAAAUUGAUUAAUCAAGAUCCUAAAAUAAAGUGAAAUAAGUCGAGAAAUAAAAAGUAAUACAAUCAUAGUAAUAUAAUUAAUAUGACGAUCCUGACCCAACUGAUAUAUAAAAUCAGCUUUUACAAUAACAAAUUUAAUAUGACUAACAGUAAUAAUAAAAGUAGUAUUAGGAUCAAUAGAAGUAUUAAAUUUAGUAAGAUCAAUAGAAAUAUUAAAUUUAGUAAGAUUAUAAUCAUUAAAAAUCUUCAAAACCAGCUCAAUAGAAUAACACACUUUUACUAGAAACUGAUUAUUCUCAAUUCGAGCAAACAAUUCCAUCAUAGAAUAGAAAUUAAUUUGCUUAAGAUUAUUAUUAACAACCCUCAAAAUAAGAGGAUAAACACGGAUCUUUGGAAUAGUAUCAAGAUUAAUAUACUUAAAAACCGUAAGGAAUGAAAUUAACAUUCGGGAACAGAAUUGAACAAGAAUAAGAUUAAAAGAGGGAAGGGUCAAGUUAAGUGUAAUCUAAGGAAGUCAGGAACACAGGGCAUAAUUUAUAAUAGCAGCAAUAUGAUGUUUUUUAGCAGCAAGUUAGUGCACCUUAUCCUGGUUAUCAAUAGAAUAAUCAAUUUCUAGAUAUAUUUCAAAAAUUAAGUAAAAGUGGGUAUACAUAAAAAAUGAUUGAUGUUUGGAAGAAGACAUGUUUAUUGGGGAAGGGAAACUUAUUUGAGAAUGAUUUGAUCAGAGUUUAUUGUACAUUUGGAUUACAGUUUCAAGUGUUGAACAAUAAAAAUUACUUAAAGAUUUCGUUGUACAUUUUAAACAAGAUUGAUCAAAGUCUAUCGAUUAAUAUCAAAUUUCAAGGCGAUAAAUCAACGAAGUUUUGGAUAAAGUCUGAUAAUAAAAAGGUUUUGGAACGAGAAUUGCAAUAUUUGAUUGUGGUUGAUGAGUGCAAGGAACUCAUUAAUUGUUAGAUACAGAUAGACAAUCAAAUUUUGAAUGUGUUGUUGCCAACGAGUCAGUAUAAUUUUAUAGAUUUUCUGGAUUUGAGGGCAGAGAUAUUUUAGGUUAAGAUUAAGGAUGUGCGAUUUUAUUAAAGUCAGCCAUUUAGAUUGCAGAUUGGUUGGGACACUUUUAAGAAAAUCAGAUUUACUGAAGUGAAUAAUUACUAUGGUAAGGGAUUUGUGAUUAUUUAAUUAGGAGCUACUUAUGGAAACAAUAAUUACGUCAGAGUAAUGAUGAUAGAGAAAAAUAUAUGGAUCGUAGAGGCUACCGAUUAAAAUCUCAUUCCAUAAUUAUUAUUUUUGUUUUCUUGA